AUGUCCAGCACCGCCGCGGCCACGUCCACCAACGGCGCCCAUGUCAACGCUCCUCUGAACCCCGCAUCCUCGAAUUCCUCUGCAGGCCGAGCACAACUGAAAAUGAACACUUCGGCUAGAGGCCCCGACGGCGCGCGCAAGCAGGCUGGCAGUCCUGUCGAUGCCGCUCAAAAGAAACCAUCACAACCCAGAGCAUGGCAGGGCACCAACCCCAUUACACAACGCUCUACAAACCAGAACACCAACGGUGUGGUCAACGCUCCUAGACCGUCGCAACCCGCUUCGGCGCUCUCCGGCGAGACCAUCACACCCAUGAGACAUCUCAAUGACAGGAUGAUGUACCUGCUCGCGAAUCUUUCGGGGCUUCCGGGCAACAUAACACUGAAGAAUGGCGAGACAUACACAGGCGUGCUCUCGGGGACUAAUCUCGAUCCGACCGAGAUGCGCUAUGUCUUCAAGAUGGUCAAAAAGGUCCAAGCAGCAAACGACACGCAUGUGAACGGUAACAGCGAGCCAUCGGACGAUUACAUCGGCUCAGGCGAUGACCAUGUCAUGAUCUUCGAUAUGGGAGACGUUGCGGAUUUCCACGUUAAUGGCGUUGUCCUUGAUAAGACACACUCGAAGGGCCAGAACGGCGCAUCUAGCUUCCGCACCGACACGGACAUCUCCGGUAACGCAGCCUUCCGCGAAAGGACUCUUCAGAAAUGGGAACCGUCGUCAGAUGCCAGUGCAAACCUGUCUCUUGAGUCAUCUGGCCAAUCAAGCGGUUGGGAUCAGUUCGCGACGAACGAGCGGCUCUUUGGCGUUCGGAGCGACUAUGACGAGAACCUGUAUACCACUACCAUCGACCGCAGCCAUCCGCAAUAUGCCGAAAGGGCGGCACUUGCCGAGAAGAAGGCUCGGGAGAUUGAGGGCAGUUCUGCUCUCAAUGCGCACGUUCGUGAAGAGCGAAGCCAGAAUGUGGCUGGCGGCGACAAGGGCGUGGACGAAGAAGACUUGUACAGUGGAGUACACAGGCCUCUCACCAGCGGAACGUCGAACAAGUACACCCCGCCUGGGCGUCAGCCUCCGUCCGGCCAACCUACAGUUUCUGGCGCUCCCGUCGAUCCUGCCAUCAUAUCGUCUCAAUUGGCUCGCCCCGAGACGAAGUCAACACAGCGGACGGCAGGUCCUACGACUGAGAAGCCCAUCACCACUGAGCCCCCAAAGACUGAAGAGCCUAAAGUUGCCGAAGUACCAAGCGUGCCUAAGGCAGAGCCCUCUAGUGGUGCAACUUCCAAAGCGGAGACAAAAGCCCCACCCACAACUAAGCCCGCCCUUGAUCAGGCACAGAAACCUAGCACUACGCUAAAGUCUACCGUGGGUGGGACUCAGCGUAGACCACAGAACGCGACAGCGAAUGUUGAGCACGAAGUCCUGGAUUCAUUCAAACAAUUCUCUGCUGCUGAAAAGCUGCGCAUGUCCGAGCGUCAACGUACCAUACAGCGCGAGUCCAAGGCUGUGAAGCUGAACGAUCUGAAGAAGUUCUCCCAGAACUUCAAGCUGAACACCCCUGUUCCAUCAGACCUCGUUCCUAUACUUGCCAAAGACGAGGUCAAACAGGCACAAAUCGUCGAAAAGGCUCUGAAAACAGUGCAGGAAAUCAAGGCCACUCCUCCCAAACCCGCGGCCGCUAGUGUUGAUCCGAAAUCAGUACCUCGACCUGCGAACGCCAAGGCUGAUGUACCGCAGCCAUCAUCUAACGCUUCUGUUGAUCGCCAGCAAAUCCAGAGGCCUCGACCAGGACAGGCUCCAUUCGGAUCCGCGACGAUGCGCGAGCGAACUGGACACCAACAGAAUAUCAGCCAGAUGGCACCGCGAAACCAUGGUUUGCUGAGCACACGCUUACAAUUGAACCAACAGCAACACAAGCAACAAGGCAAUGUGCCAUAUAACGGCAUCCCUCAACCUAUUCCCGUCCAAGACAUGCGCAUACCCCCUCCUACUGGCCCAUCCGCAUCGUCUAGCGGUGUACCAACGCCAACUUCUUCGAGUGCAACCCCAAAGUUCAACGUCCGGGCGACCGAGUUCAGGCCCACCGCGAAUGCAUUUCAGCCUGGUGGACAGCCGAGCAACCACUCGAGUCCCAGGCCAGGCUCAGCGUCGCGACAGGAGCCUCCCCGCAAGGUCCAACUUACGAGCUUUUUUGGCGGCAAGCAUCCGACUGUGCAGCCGUUGGAUCUUGCCGAGUUCUUUAAUCCCAUUUUGCGUUUACGCAAGGAGUCCGCUGAGGACCCACAGAAAGCCCGCCAGUACGCCACCAACGGCGGCAUUCAGCCCACGUACCACACUCCACCUACUUGGGACUUCCCUACCGCGAACACGGACAAGGGCUACAAAGACAUGUUCGAACGCCCCGCAACCCAGCCUCUGUCCACCCCACACAUGAUUGGCAAUGGUCCAGUGCCUCACCAGCAUCAAUUGCCUCCUCAAUUCCAAGGACCCCAGGGUGUCCCUCAAGGUCAAACGCCACAUCACACCCCUCGCCAUCCACCUGUGCAGCCACACCACGCCCCUGGUCCACACCAAUUCGAGGCUCAACACAUGCAAUUCUCUCAUUCAACAUCGUCGGUACACCCGUCACCUCGUCCCAUGCCUGGGUAUAUGUACGGUUCUCAGCCGCAGCCUAUGUCAGGUUAUCCGCAGCAAGUGCCUAUGCAACCCUACGGCAUGAGCCCGAAUGUCCAGCACGUUGCGCUCAGGGCUGGACACGGCGGUCCUCAAUUUGUUACUCCUCCCGGCCCUGGUAUGGGUGGACAAAUGAUGACGAAUCAGCCUUCAAACGGGCCUUACAUGGGCAUGCCUACCAAUCCACCGAUGCAGAUGUAUCCAGGAGCCCCGCCCUCUGGUUUCAAUCAAUACCCUGGUCAGAUGCCAACGGGUCCUGGUGCGAACGGGUACCCUAAUAGCCCAAGGGUAGGAGCUCCCAUGAUGGCUCACCAGGGGUCACAGCAAGGUCAUACUGGGCAGCAAAUGAUGUUCAUGCAACAUGGCGCGCAGGGACCGCCGAUGUUCACUCAAGUCCCGCCUGGCUCCAUGACACCCAUGCGAGGUCCCUUCCCUCAAUCUCAUCAGCCUCACUAUGGAUCCCCGCAUCAGCAUCACCAGUUCCCUCAAGCACCACAUCGAGUUACUCCAAGCGGUAGCUACUCACAGCCCAUGAUUCCUCAACACUCGCUACCUCCUCAAGGUCCUCCGACUGGCCCCACUAAUCAUGGUCCAGAGGGGAGCGAGGAGGUUAAGUGA